AUGGGUGACUACUCGAAAGCACUUGAAUUUUACGAAAAAUCAAUUGAAAUAAAACAAAAAGCUCUGCCUUUGAAUCAUCCCGAUUUGGCUACUUCAUACAGCAACAUCGGUCAAGUGUAUAAUAACAUGGGUGACUACUCAAAAGCACUUGAAUUUUACGAAAAAGAUCUAGAAAUCACAAAAAAAGCUCUGCCUUCGAAUCAUCCCGAUUUGGCUACUUCAUACAGCGACAUCGGUCAAGUGUAUAAUAACAUGGGUGACUACUCGGAAGCACUUAAAUUUUACGAAAAAUCACUCAAAAUUCAAGAAAAAGCUCUGCCUUUGAAUCAUCCCGAUUUGGCUACUUCAUACAGCAACAUCGGUCAAGUGUACAGUGACUUGGGUGACUACUCGAAAGCACUUGAAUUUUACGAAAAAUCACUUAAAAUUCAAGAAAAAGUUCUGCCUCCGAAUCAUCCCCGGUUUGCUACUUCAUACAGCAACACCGGUCAAGUGUACAGUGACUUGGGUAACCACUCGAAAGCACUUGAAUUUUACGAAAAAUCACUUAAAAUUCAAGAAAAAGCUCUGCCUCCGAAUCAUCCCCGGUUUGCUACGUCAUACAGCAACAUCGGUCAAGUGUAUAAUAACAUGGGUGACUACUCGAAAGCACUGGAAUUUUACGAAAAAGAUCUAGAAAUCACAAAAAAAGCUCUGCCUUCGAAUCAUCCCGAUUUGGCUACUUCAUACAGCAACAUCGGUCAAGUGUAUAAUAACAUGGGUGACUACUCGAAAGCACUUGAAUUUUACGAAAAAUCACUUGAAAUUCAAGAAAAAGCUCUGCCUCCGAAUCAUUCCCGGUUUGCUACUUCAUACAGCAACAUCGGUCAAGUGUAUAAUAACAUGGGUGACUACUCGAAAGCACUUGAAUUUUACGAAAAAUCACUUGAAAUAAAAGAAAAAUCUCUGCCUCCGAAUCAUCCUCGGUUUGCUACUUCAUACAGCGACAUCGGUCAAGUGUAUAAUAACAUGGGUGACUACUCGAAAGCACUUGAAUUUUACGAAAAAUCACUUGAAAUAAAAGAAAAAUCUCUGCCUCCGAAUCAUCCUCGGUUUGCUACUUCAUACAGCGACAUCGGUCAAGUGUAUAAUAACAUGGGUGACUACUCGAAAGCACUUGAAUUUUACGAAAAAGAUCUAGAAAUCACAAAAAAAGCUCUGCCGUCGAAUCAUCCCUCAUUGGCUACUUCAUACAACUGUUUCGGAAAGGUUUAUCGUGUUAUGAAAGAUUAUCCAAAAGCACUUGAGCAUUUCGAAAAGUGUCUCUCAAUACGUCAAAAAGCUUUACGUGAAAAUCAUCCGUAUCUAGCUAUGACAUAUAGUAAUAUUGGUGAUGUUCAUCGAUUAAUGGGUGAUUAUGAAAAAGCACUUUCAUUUCAUCGAAAAGCAUUAAAUAUUCAAGAAAAUGUUCAAUGUAAUCCUUUGGAUUGUGCAUUAACAUAUAUAAAUUUAGGUGAAACAUAUCGAGAAAUGAAAGACUAUUCAACAGCAUUGACAUAUUUUGAAAAAGGAUUAAAAAUACGUGAGAAGAAAUUGUCAAAAAAUCAUCCUGAUUUAGCUGUCGUAUAUCACAAUUUGUCAAAAUUAUAUUUAUCCACUCAAGAAUAUAAUAUGGCAAUGAAAAAUAUUCAAGAAGCGAUAGAAAUUGCUCAAGAAAAAUUACCUUCAACUCAUCCACAUCUCGUCGAAUAUAAAGAAACAUUUGAAAAUAUUCGAAAGAACAUGUAA